UUGUUUGAGUUGUCGUUGUUGUUUUUGACUUCAUGGUCUAGAAUUGGGGCAAAAGUAACGGAAACGAUUCCCGAUCUGGCGUUGAACGUACACACCGAAGUUGCAAACAUAUCAAAAACCGUGCAAUUACAUAACCGUGGUUUAGGAUUAUUAUUCUACUGACGCGACUUGUUGAGCUGAAAUAAUGGAUAAUCAGAUCUUUGAGUCCACUGCUGAGCGGACGUUUCAGUAUCAGAGCAGCCUUCCUCCUCUACCUGUGCCCUCUCUACAGGGCACACUGAGCAAAUACCUGGAUGCAGUAAGGCCUUUUGCAACUGAGGAGGAGUUUCGAGCCACAGAGGCAAUCGUGAAGCGCUUUGAGGAAGGCAUCGGGCAACAGCUCCACCAGAAACUUCUACAAAGAGCCAAAUUCAGGCGCAACUGGCUUGAGGAUUGGUGGCUAGAUUCAGCAUAUCUAGAGUUGCGCAUCCCCUCUCAGCUGAAUGUGAAUUUUGGGGGACCUACUGCCUACCUGGAGCACUGCUGGCCUGCAUGUGAGGGCACCCAGCUGGAGAGGGCCAGCAUGAUUUUGUGGAUCACCCUCCAGUACUGGGAGCUUAUCCGCACGGAAAGGCUGGUUGUUCAUAAAGCAGGAAAUAUGCCCUUUGACAUGGAUCAGUUCCGCAUGCUCUUCUGCACCUGUAAAGUGCCUGGUGUUACUAAAGACACCAUACUCAACUUCUUCAAAACAGAGAGUGAGGGACCCUGUCCUUCUCACAUAGUGGUGAUGUGUCAUGGGAGGGUAUUCACAUUUGAUGGACUCUGUGAUGGCCGUAUCCUCACUCCUCCAGAGCUGUUGAGGCAACUCACUUACAUUAAAGAAUGCUGUAAAGAAGAACCCGUGGGGGAUGGAGUGGGUGCUCUGACCACUGAGGAAAGGACCCGUUGGGCCAAGGCACGAGAAUAUCUGAUCUCCAUUGAUCCUGUGAAUAAGACCAUAUUGGAGAUGAUUCAAAGUUCUCUAUUUGUACUCUCCCUGGACGAUGACAAAUCCUAUUCCACACCUGAAAACUACUCAAAGUUAACCCAGUUGGCAUUGACUGGUAACGCCACUAUCCGCUGGGGUGAUAAAUCCUACAAUUUGCUUGCCUUUUCAGAUGGAACCUUCGGUUCAAACUGUGAUCAUGCCCCAUAUGAUGCCAUGGUUUUGGUGUCUCAUGGCUACUACAUAGAUCAAAAGCUAAAGGCCAGUGGUGGGGUGUGGAAGGGUUCAAAGGUUGUGCGUGAUAUGCCUGUGCCAGAGGAAUUGAUAUUCACUGUGGAUGAAAGGGUCAGGAAAGACAUCGCGCUGGCUAAAGAACAGUACAAUAAAAGUUCUCAGGACCUGCAGGUUGUCUGCUAUGCCUUCACCUCUUUUGGAAAAGCAGCCAUUAAGAAGAGGAAGCUUCACCCAGACACAUUUGUACAGCUUGCUUUGCAACUAACUUACUACAGACUACAUGGAAAACCUGGUAGUUGCUACGAGACAGCCACCACACGGAGAUUCUUCCAUGGACGGACAGAGACCAUGAGGCCUUGCACUGUGGAGGCCCAGCACUGGUGCAGAACGAUGCUCAACCCUGCAGCCACUAUGGAAGAGAAAAGACGAGCUCUAAUUGCAGCCUUCAACAAGCAUAAUAAAUUGAUGUUAGAGGCACAAAAUGGAAAAGGCAUUGACAGACACCUCCUGGGUAUGUACCUUAUUGCUAAGGAGCAGGGCCUUUCUGUGCCUGAACUGUACACAGAUCCACUCUAUGCUAAAAGUGGUGGAGGAGGGAAUUUUGUGCUGUCUACUAGUCUUGUGGGUUACACUACCGUGCUGGGAGCAGUUGCACCAAUGGUGCACCACGGAUAUGGGUUUUUCUACCGUAUCCGUGAUGACAGAAUUGUUGCAUCCUGUACCACUUGGAAGUCCUGUCCAGAAACAAAUGCUGAAACCUUUUUCCAGCACCUCUGCACUUCUUUCCAUGACAUCAUGCACGUCACUACCCUCUCCCAACUGUAAAGGAAAGCAUCCUGGGAAGUGUAGACUAACCUCACUUUUUUUAGUUAUGCAAUUGUUCAAAAGCUCUACUGGGCCUAGAUCUCUCAUUCUUGACUUUCCUUUGAUUGCUAUUUGCUAUAAACCAGGAUGUAGCUAGAUUUAAAUAGGUUGACUCCCCUCCUUUAAUGGUUAUAUUAAGGGUUUGUAUAUACUGGGCAAUUGUGGAGAAAUUGGAAGUUUCUUUGAACAAGCUGCCAGAUAUUGAGAUCUUAAAAUCUCAUGUGUUAGUCAUCUCUUAUGUAUCGUUCAAAUCAGGAAAUGCUGAAGAUUUCUAACCAAAUGUUUUUGCCUUGCCUUUGUAGUAUUCCUUUUAAUUGUAGACCUGUGAAAUUAAAUAUGUAGUGUCAUAGGAAACUAAUGCUCAAUCACUAUAGAGAGAUGCAUACAAUGCAAUUUGAUUUUAAAAUGGGCAAUAAACUGCCUUAUGAGUCAUGGGUAGAUUUUUUGGAACUUGAACCUUGCCUAUUAUUAAUAUACUGUGUCAUUGAAAAACCAAGCCAGAAUGGUAGAACUCAUCUAGCUGAACAGCAAGAAACCCCAUGAUAAUAGUACAGCAUACAUGAUUUUAGAACAGAUGAUGAGUUUUUAUAAGAUAUGAUACUUCAAAUCUUAUACCGAUAUACUGUUUUACUUUACAUUGUAAAUAAUGCACAAAUCAAUGCAAUAGCAAAAACAAUGCAGGCAUAUUUAAUUCCUCUUUAUUUUCUUUUUUAUAUAUAAUUCUAAAAAUCCUGUGGAUUUUCAAACACAUUAAGUGUGGUUUAAAGCAAUAGAAGCCAGUCUUAUUUACACUAAUAUAAUAUAAAUGAAUGUUUUAUUUUGUAGAUAUAUACAUUUAUGUAAAUGUUUUUAAUGUUUAUCAACACUUUUAUUUUUGUGUCGAUUUAACCAACCUAAUAAAUUAUGUUAAUUAGUUUACACUCUUCUCUUACAGUUGUGGGGCAAUGUUAAAUCUGUUCCUUUGAGUGGUCAUUUCAAUUGUUUCUUAAACCAGUUCAACAUUGUGCAUCAAACCUUAAUUCGAGGAAUGAUGUCAAUAUAAAUAUGAAUUGUCCACAACUUUACAAAGCCAAUUGUAUAUCGAAAUACCCCUAACAAUGCAAGUAUUGAAAAAAGCACUUUUGUUUUCAUGGUAUGAAAGAAAUAGUUAUUUUUGGGAUUCUGGUUCUCUUAUUUCAAAAUGUAGCUAUACCAAUUUCACUCAUUGUUUGAACUUUGAUAUCCUGAGGAAUGAAUAAUCCACUUGUUUGUGUAGUCAUGUCAGCUUUACCAUUUAUGCCCUCAAAUCAGGUAUGUUUUUCAAUUUUAACAUGAUCACGACUUUUUUGUGUAGCAGAUUUUUAUUUUUUUUCACCUUUAUUACAUCUCAAAUCUAAAUUUGUGUUUAAUGCAUACAUUUAGCAUGUUACCUUGACCGUGAUAGUAAUCGGGUUCCAAUUGUAUAUCUUCUGUUUUUUUAAACCAGUAUCUUGAAAAAUUAGUAAAUUUUUUGGGUUACUAUAUGGCAAAGGUAUUUUUAAACCUUUACCAAGAUUUUGCUUUUAAUUUGACAUGCUUUCAAUUUAAGUUAAACCAGCUGUGAAUUUGAUUUAGGUUUGUUCACAUUUAUCUGACUCUCAUUUACUCACCCUCAUGCCAUCCCAGAUGUGGAAGAGUCAUUUAAAAAUAAAGAGAACACCACAUA